UGAUUGAAAACAUGGAUAAGAAAGCAACAUGGGACCGCUUCUACACUGAGAGCAGCAGCAGCACAAACACCUUCAAACACUUUGAGUGUUUCUUUGGCUUCGAUGCUGUUUGGGACUUCAUUAUGCCCCUAUUGCAGACCAAGCCCCACCCAGACGGUUUGCUCCAAGUCCUGGAUAUGGGCUGUGGCACUUCUGCUUUAGGGCCCUGUAUUUACAGACACUCUCCUCUCCCGGUCCGGGUCACUUGUGCAGACAUUUCCCCCAUAGCUGUGCAACUAAUGCAGGAACACGUCCAAACCAAAGCCAUUCAACCUCACAAUCUUUCCUCUCGGCUUGAGUUCGUAGAGCUGGACUGCACACAGCUCCACAAGCACUACGGUUGUAGCAGUGUGGACCUUAUAGUUGAUAAGGGCACCACAGACGCCUUGUUGAGGUCUAAUGAAGAGAAAUGGAAGGCCAAUCAGGUGCUGAAGCAGUGUUUGAAGAUGUUGCGGAGCUCAGGGUCUCUGCUCCAGUUCUCUGAUGAAGACCCUGAUGCCAGGCUGCUGUGGCUGGAGACAGAGGCACAGGAGCCGGGGGUGAUGGCAGCAGAUGUUGGGGUGCAGGAGGUUGGGGAGCUAAGGGGAAUGACUUACUACUGCUACCAAGUGACUCCUCGCUCUAUUGUGUAGCAACUUUCUUCAUCUGGAUGGUGAUAAUAUUAAAUGAGUAAACUACUGAACUGAUUGUAAAAAGUAAUUGAUCAGGUACACAGACAGAGUGUGACUUAUCCACCAAACUGGACCUCCACAGUCCGACAGCAGAGACAACAAGAGACUUACUACUUAUAAAAUAACCUGAAGGUAAAGAAUGACCUCUUUAUGAAA